AGUUGGAGUUUGUGUAAUUUGAGACGAUGGAUUUAAUAUUGGCAUCGAAAAAAGCAGAUAAAACAAUGAUGGAAGUUGAAGGAGUUGGUGGAUAUUACGGUUGGUCAAAUAGCCAAUUUCCUCUUCUCAGCCAAAAAAAACUUUCUGCUGGAUUAUUACUUCUGCAGCCUCAUGGUUUUUCUCAACCUUACUAUUCUGUUUCCUCAAAAAUUGGUUAUGUUUGUGAAGGUGAAUGCAUUGUUGGAUUGAUAUCACCGGAAGAUUCAAAAGAAGAAGUUAUAAAAUUACAAAAAGGGGAUGCCCUACCACUUACCUUUAAAACAGUGUCAUGGUGGUACAAUAAUGGCGACUCUGAAUUCAAAAUAAUUUUCUUAGGAGAAUAUGAUGACGAAUACACACCUGGAGAAUACUGCGGUUUCUGUUUAGGUGGAUUCAUCGGCACUCUAAAUGGAUUCUCUGAUGAAUUCAUAGCUAAAUCUUUUCACAUGACCAAAACUGAAUCUGAAAAACUUAUAAAAGACCAAAGUAGAACUAAUCUUUUAAUUAAGAUCAAUGAAGGCACAAAAAGGCCACACCCAUGCAACAAACUUUAUUUCCAUGUUAUUUGGUACUUGAUAGGCUUAUUUUGUUUAUUGAUGUCAUAA